UUGCACUACUGUGUGUGGGCUUUCAAACAACUAUGAGAAAGUGGAACAAAAAGUGUGAUUUUGUGAGGACCCAAAAAUGGCUGCGGCCAGUCAGACCGAGCGAGCCAUGAUGAGGGUUCUUUCAUUUCUGCUGGUCAUUAUCUUAAAUGCUCAUUGUGGCCAUGCAGCAUCGAAAGGGGUGAAUGUCAUCUUAAGUGCUAAGUGGCCAGCAACACCCCUUCUGCUAGAGACAAGUGAGUUCAUUGCAGAAGAUGGUGAAGAAAAAUUCUGGCAGUUUGUUGACACCAGUCUGUACGUUCUUAUUACAACUUGAUAUUGAAGAAGGCUGGACAGUUUGUUACUGAUCUUCAAGUCAAUCUUCUGAAAUUUGCC